UGGAAAUGUAAUUAAUGAAAGUCCAUAAAAAGAAGAAUAAGAAGAUUGACAUUUGACAUAUUUUGACUUAUGACAUUAUUGUUUUGCUGAUGCCAUUUUUAAUUGGUAAAUAAUUAGUUUGUUGAACGCUUUUGUGCAAUAAAGACCGUAUUUAUUAUUCUACGAUCGCUAGAAACAAGUUUAUAUUUGUGAAAUUUCAUAAUAUGGCAUCGUCUUCGUUGGAAAAUCUGGAAACUCAACUGGAACUGUUCAUAGAAAAUGUGCGUCAAAUUCAUAUUAUCGUGAGUGAUUUCCAGCCUCAAAGCCAGAGCGUUUUGAACCAAAAACUGCAAACUUUGGUCCACGGUCUACAAGAAGUGGAUAAAUUAAAGUCGCAAGUUCAGGAAGUUCACGUACCACUGGAAGUAUUCGAUUACAUCGAUCAAGGACGUAACCCUCAAUUAUACACUAAGGAUUGCAUCGAGAAAGCAUUAGCCAAAAACGAACAAGUCAAGGGAAAGAUCGAUGCGUACAGAAAGUUUAAAGCCAAUAUGUUAGUUGAAUUGAGCAGGACUUUUCCAAACGAAUUAAGCAAGUACAGAGCAUUGAGAGCCGAUGAGUAGCGUUUAAUAUUAGCAAAUGUAUUUAUGGUAAAUAUUUUAUUUUGUAUAAAUAUUGUAAACUUAAGAUGAAGGUGGUUUAGUUUUUAUGAUUAAAAAUGUCUCCGAUACAAUGUGUUUCACAAAAAUUUUGUUAGAAGAGAAAGAGUAAUCGGGAUAUAUUGCAAACGGUUAUUUGUAAGCAUAAUUACUUACUUCUUUGAUGUUUCGUUCUCCUGCGUUCCACCGAGACUGGGAGUUAAAAUGUAAUUUGAAUCAGAUUUAAUAAAGUUUGUAGAAUUA